AUCUUUACAUCGAAACGCAGGGCGCAUAUUGCGUUCCGUCUGAACAAGGCGGUUUGAAAAUCUAUUCUUCAACGCAAGGUCCGACGGCGGUUCAACGCGCCGUUUCGCGUGUCACGGCGAUUCCGAUGCACCAGAUCGAAGUUGAUGUCACGCGUCUCGGCGGCGGUUUCGGCGGCAAGGAAGAUCAGGCAAACGCUUGGGCGGCACUGUGCGCGGUCGGCACGCAAAUCACGAAAAAGCCUGUAAAAUACGCGCUUCACCGGAUGGAAGAUAUGCGCAUGACGGGCAAACGUCAUCCUUAUUCGGCGGAUUACAAAAUCGGGCUGGAUAAGGAUUUAAAGAUCGUCGCCUAUCAAGCGACUUUCUAUCAAAACGCGGGCGCGGCUUGCGAUUUGUCGUUACCUGUUUUGGAACGUACACUUUUUCAUUGCACGAAUUCAUAUUUUAUCCCGAAUGUUUCGGCGACCGCGUAUUCCUGCAAAACGAAUCUGCCGCCGAACACGGCGUUUCGCGGUUUCGGCGGACCGCAGGGAAUGUUCGUCAUCGAAUCGGCAAUUGCACACGCAGCGGAAAAAUUGAAUGUUUCGCGUGAAGAAAUCCAAAGGAAAAAUCUUAUUAAAAACGGCGACGAAUUCCCUUACGGGCAAAUCGCCGAAUCGGAAGCCGAAACGUCGUGGACGCAAGCCGAUGAAAAAUACGAUUUUGAAAAAUUGAAACGCGAAACGGAUGAAUUCAAUAAAGAAAACAAAUUAAUCAAAAAAGGCGUUGCGCUGAUGCCGAUCUGUUUCGGGAUUUCAUUUACCAAAACGCCGAUGAAUCAGGCGCGUUCGCUCGUUCAUAUUUAUACGGAUGGCUCGGUCGCAGUUUCGACGGGCGCGGUCGAGAUGGGACAAGGCGUAAACACGAAAAUCGCGCAGGUCGCCGCAAAAGUUUUUUCCCAACCGAUCGAACGCAUUAAAGUUCACACAACCAAUACUUUGCGAAUCGCCAACACUUCGCCGACAGCGGCUUCCGCCGCCGCCGAUCUGAACGGUCGCGCAACGCAGAUGGCUUGCGAAACGAUCUUGGAAAGACUGAAAACCGUCGCCGAAGAA